AUGGCGGAUAAAUCGAGAGGGCACAAUCGCCAUGGUAGUGUCGUGCGAAUCGGUUAUUACAAUAUCGAAAAAACUAUCGGAAAGGGAAAUUUUGCAGUCGUCAAGCUUGCCACACACUGCAUUACGAAAACAAAGGUACUUUUUUCCCGCGAAUUUGCGAACUGAAGCGAAUGUCAGCUUGUGACUCCGCUCGGAAUGAACAGAGUUUUCUUUCGUUUUUGCACCGAUAAUAACACGGUUUAAAGCUUUGCAGCUGUCCAGUAGCGAGGAAAUGAAAGCAGGAAUACUAGACAAAUGUUUCAGUGAAGCAAUUAACUUGUUUAUGUGGGAUUUUAUUUCUUUUUUAUGGACCGCUUUAGUUUCUUGCUUGCUUGUGUUUCUUCCGAACCAGGUUGCUGUCAAAAUUAUCGACAAAAGUCAAUUGGACCAGGAUAACUUGAAGAAAAUUUUCCGCGAAGUCCAAGUGAUGAAGAUGCUGGAUCACUCGCACAUCAUUAAAUUAUAUCAGGUAAGAUUCAAACCUUUAUGUUCACGGUUUUAUUCUGUUUUUCUAGGAUCAUUCACUGCCCGAUCGCAAUCAAAAAGUCUUUGGCGCAGAUGCUACGUGCCUCCGAAUUUUCGAGUCUUUUAGGUAAUAUCUUGUAUGCAAAAUGAGGCCUUUUAUUUCGAUUUGAAAUUGAUAAAGUAGCUUUGCAAGUCUUUUGACGAAAAGAAUUACUGCAAUUCUUCGAGAUAAAGUUCGUGACAGACACCGUGGAAGGAAAACAAUACCUGUUAGCACUGCAUUGACAGAUAGCUGGUCGGCGGGACGAAAGCAACUCGUAUCGGCUCUGUUUUUCAAGUGCUCCGUGUCACGUCCUUGUUUUAAAUGAUAUCGGAAGGUUUUCGGGACUUUUAUCGGUCUGCAUAAAAGCGAAUUCUCUGGGAAAGUUUCCUCUUAAGAACUCAUGUGAAACGUAACCAAUUGCCUAUGAAAUUUACUAUGAUAGUUGGUUUCCCCACUUCUCCUCUUUAUCCUUUAGUCGUUCAUGGCAAUAUCAAGCAAUUUUCCCUCGUAGGAAAUGGUGCAAUGAUCUUGCUUUAUUUUUUGUAUAUCUAUUGAUUUUUUUUGCCAUCAAAAUUGUUACUUCGCCCCGACUACUCGCAAUGCCGAAUUUCCUCAAUUCGAAUGUUUUUGUUUACAAAUUUGCACUGCGGUUGUUUUGACAUCUUCUCUCCGUGCGAAAUUAACUCAACCAAAAUUUCCCGUCUGGCUUGUCGUUGAUCUAGUUUUCUUUUAAAUAAUAAAUUAGUCAGACUUUCGAAAGUGUGCAGUUUGAUGGUUUGAAAGAUUAUAUCGAAGGGUAGAAAUAUUUUCGCUGGAUUAACGAAAAGCAAUUUAUAUUCUGUUCCGGGGAGUAGCACGACCGCAACGGUAGUAAAGUACAUUCGUAACCCACAGCAUUUAUCUUUCGAUCGAGCUUCCUUAACGUGCGUUCGACACACUUCAAUGGCUCUAGGUUUUUUUGUAAUAAGCACUGGUUGUAUUGUUGUUUACUAACUGUUUGAGAUUUGGGAAAAAUUUUAAUCCCUCUCAGUUUCCAAAUGGCCUUGAUUGGCACAGUGAAUCAACUCUGUUAAAUUAAAUCAAUGCUUCGCGAACAGUUAUGUGGUUGUCUCACCUCUGCGUAAAGAAAGCUGAGCGUUCGAACAAUUCCCGAAACAUCUUUGCCUAGCGUUGUUGUCUCUCGUACAGUUUAUUUCACCUGAACGUGUGCCAUCGAAAUAUUUUAUUGACGAAAAAUGCUAUCUAGAAAAAGUUUUAUCUUUUGCCAAGCAACUCUUGAAAGGAGCACUUGGAAAGGUCAUGUACACAAAUGUUAUACAGGUAUCGGUAAUUUACUUUGUCUAAACAGUAAAGUUUUCUCUAAGGUCGUUAACAAUCUAAACUGGAAUUGUAAAUAUUUGCACUUUGAGUGUUUGUGAACUCUUGCUGGGUUGAAUGUUCUUCUGUGACCGUUAGUAAGUUACAUGGAGUUGAUGACAAUGCAAAAUGUUACUUAUCGCAUCAAGGUCAGCUGGUCUUUAUGAAUAAAUGUAUCUAAAAUAUUUGCAUUUGUAUAUUCAACUAAUACACAAUGUAAAUUUUUGCUUCACUUAUGAUGACUGCUUUGGUGAAAAGAAGAAGCAGUUCAUUUCAGAUUAAAUGCAAUUAACAAUGUUUUCUUUUGUGUGACUGAUCCACAGAUAAGAAGCUGGAAAUGUGUAGUAGGGGGGAGGGGGGAGUCCCUUAUAGAGGGGGGCGUAAGGGUUUGCGGUAUUGCGGUAUUGGGUUAUUUUUGGUGCGGUGUUGCGGUAAUUUUUGUUUCAAAGUACGGUAUUGCGGUUUUCAGAGUCCAAGCGGUGUGCGGUAAGUUUAAAUUUUAUGUCGCGGUAGGCGGUGAAAAAAUCGUUGUGUCGCUGUGAACUGCUUCUUUUUCAUGACAAGAAGAUACAAAUCGGACAAAUCCUCAAAGGUCUCCCUAGCUAGCCUGCGUGACCCGCGUGUCUUCCUUAGUUGCACAGUCGGGGAUCGUAUAUUGCGCAAACAGACUGAGUCCAGACAAAUCGUUUGGCUUGAAAUUUCAGUUAAUACUUGAUAUGAUUAACGACACUGACUUUUUUUUAUCCAAUGAUACGUUAACAUGUCGCAUUAUUUAUAACCUCAUGGACCUUGUGGGAAUAGUUAGCUUGGUUAACCUCCUUACCAAUGUUACCGCCACUUUCGUGCCGGUCGUAAAACAAUGGCGAGCGAUCCAGAAGGUCAAUUAAGUGAUCAAUCAGAUAUUCCAGCAAAUAGUGAGGUCAGUGAGGUCGUUAUAAAUUGCGUAGUGUCGAAAGAUAAUCUAUGAAGAUCGUGUGGUCUAAAAAUUAUUACUCGUCCUUCUCGUUGUGCAUGCAGGAAUAUAGAGUGUAGUAGUAUUUGUGUGUGCUUAGUCUAGGUAGUUCGGGUCCUCGGGGGACGAGGGUACCUCCUUAUAAGAGCUGAGGCUAAUGGGGAUGUGCCGCUGGAUGGGGUCGCAUUUUCACGACUGGAUUGACUAUAAUGGGGUCGCAUUUUCAGAGAGUUACUAGAAUGUGGUCGCACAUUUUCUGCUCUUUUGGGGUAAGACAGUUCUUCAUAUUUACGGUUAGCAAAGGUACCAGAAUGUUUGUAUUGUAGAUGAAAAGUAAAGUGUUCUUCAUCAGGAGCCCAUCAAUGAUGGGCUCCUGUCUUCAUUCAAUCUAAAAAAUUAUCAAUUCAUUAAAAUAGAAAGUGACUAAGUUGGGAUCGCGAAAAUCAAAUAUUUGUCCAAAAGUGACUAAGAUGGGGUCUAUAAUUGGCCAGUGAAUAGACUAUAAUGGGGUAGGGGCUCUGAGAGGCCAGCGGCACAUACCAAGCAAAAAUUAACCCAAGUACUCCUCCGGGCAGGGCAGUUUUACGUGGUUUUGUCGGCAGCACGACUGUGAGCGGCGAAGCAGCUCCCGACCCAAUCUCCUCGCCUGCGCCCGCCUUUAUUAUUUAGCGCGCCCAACCAAAACCGCCAUGCUACGCAGGCUAGUGUGUGCUGUGUGCCCUUCGAAUCCCAAAGGCAGCCCGGGUCGACGUUUUGAAAUCCUCAACAAAAAACCGAGUUAAUUGUGAAUCUGAAACAACCUCAUAAGAGUCAACUGUUUACCGUCCGUUUAUGAUCUAGGUCAGUAAUAUAUAAAGUAAUACUAGAAAACUCCUGUUGUAUCAUUUAUGUAAACGUAUACAUGUAAUGAACAAAGUUAAACGAGUGCGAUGAUCUUAUGUUUAUCGUACGCUUGACAUCGACGCACCUUAAUUUGGAAAGACUGACAUAAAAGUAUUAUUUCUACUUGAAAGGAGGAUUUUUAGUAUUGACAACGUCAACUUUUUCCCAUUUGUAACUGCGGUUUCGGUAUUUGGCUAAAUUUUGAUGCGGUAUUGCGGUAUUCUCGCGCUACCAUGUGCGGUAUUGCGGUAUUCGUACCCCCCUUACGCCCCCCUCCUUAUAUAAGCUGUGUGGUUAUAGUGUAUGUGCCUUUUCAAAAAGUAUGUUUUGUCAACCCCUGGUUUCAAACUGGGUGUAUAGUUUAUAGUUUGGCCAUUUGGGUUUGAAAUAUAUUGUGGGGGCAGGGUUUUGUGCUUGCUGGAACAAGGAUGUAAAACUCUUUAAAGUUCUUGCCCCUUGAGAACAACAAUAACAAAGAACACACCCCCUAUUUACAUUCACGUUUGAAAGAAAUUUUAUUUCUUGAUAACUUAUGGUAAGAUGAAGUAACAGAAGAUGGAUUACAACCAAAUGAACAUUUUGAAGAAAGAUUUUAAACAAACUACUUUGUGCGAGCUCCUAGUUAGUAAAUGAUAUUUUUAACACAGUGAUGACAUGUAUGCAUGUAUAAAUAAAAAAAAAAUCACAGUACAGUUUAGUGGAACCUGUAGGAAAAAGACAAUGUUCAUGUAGGCAGCCAAUUCUCAAAAUAAUACGUUUAUUCAACUAGUUAUAGCUAUCACUAAGUGCCAAUGAGCAAAGAUUUUACCUAUACACGCGCACUGUUCAAUUUGUUUAGAAAUGUCGUUAAUUACUGAAUUUACGAGAAUGCAGGCUGCUGGGUAGUCAUGUGACUGUCAUGCAACACACUCAUGCAUAAUACUCGGAAUCGUUUGUUGAGUGCCUCAACUAAGGAUAAUGGGGUUGAGUUGUUCAAAAACUGGUUAUAACACCAAUUGGGGGUUGACGAACAGCUUUAAAUGUCGGGUGAAAUUAUUUGGAACAUACACGUAUAGCUGUCGCAUUUGUCUGCUUGAAUUUUUUGUUAAUUUUAAGCCAGGGUUCGCAAAUACGCCAAAUUUGGCGUAUUUUACGCCAAAAUUGUUCAGAUGACUCCACUGAGGUUACGGAGGGAGUCACUUUGACUCCAAAAAUUUUCGGUAACAAACAGGGAGCCACUUCGACUCAAGAAAUUUUCGGUAACAAACACAGUUUUAUCCUUAUCUUUUUCGCAACAAAUACAAUUUACGUUAAUUGUAAACGUUGUAAACCUUAAUUAAAUCAUCGAAAUUAAAGAAUUAUACUCCACGACAAAACAGGAAGAGGGUAAAUUACGAUCAAAGUUUACUCGAUGACCGCCAUCAUGGAUUUGAGCUUUCCAGGUCAGCGGACCGCCACAGCUACUUCGUUUAUCCCUCACGAUAGAUAGAUACAUGCCGGGAACACGUGCUGGAAAGUCUGAUACUUGACUCCAAAUAUUCCAAAAUGACUCCAAAAUUUGUGAAGCAGAAGUCACACUGACUCCACUCAUCAAUAAAAUUUGCUAACCUUGAUUUUAAGCCUAAAAACAAUAAAAAAUUCCACUGGGCAAAUGCGACAGCUUUACACGUAUGUUACAAAUGAAUCCACCUGACGAUUGGUUGAAGACAGGAUGAGCAUGGGACUCACAAACACGCACAUGGCUCAUGAUUUCUCUGUUCUGUAUCGCAUGUUUGCUCAAAAACAAUGCAUUCUCUGUUCUGCAUUACAUCAUAAAAGUUACCUUACACUACCUUAUGUUACAAUGUACAUUGCUUAGAGAUUCAUUCUGCUUGGGAACUUUCACACACGUCUUAAUUAGCAGGAGGAAAUCAUCUUUUAAACCAUGCCAGAAUGAACACGAUUCAGUCAAGGGGGCCAGAGAUUAAGGCAAAAGUCCUCCUAAAGUAGACCCAAAUAUUCUGAUGAGAAUCUAGUUCCACUACCCACCUGCACCUCCUUCUAUCUGAACCAACAUUUUGUAAAUCCUAAAAGCUAUCUUUAAAACUUUUCCCAUCAAAAUGAAGCCUAGUAGAUGUCCAGCAGCAGAAAAAAAAUGCGCAAGAAAAGCGAAAGGAGAGGGGAGGAGAGAAAACAAGAAGUAAAAGCCAAGACUUCUGUGUCACUUUUAAACCCAUAAACCAGGCGUGCCGAUCCAGAAAAAUCUGAAGGGGGUGGCAGGGACACUUGCCAGCCAUAUACUACAUUGUAGCAUUAAAUAGUAAAUGAAUAAUUUAUUUUAUUGAGAAUUCUUUAACAAUAAUACAAAAAUUCCCAGUAAAAGGGGUGGCAGCAGUACUAAUUCUGCCCAUGUAAACUGUCUCAAAAUAUAAAUAGCUUUUUGGACAGUUUUGGCUCUUUUAUAGCCAGAAAGUGACAGAAAAUGGCUUGUCUCGCUUUAAAAAGUGUCUUUCAGCAAACUUCCCAGGAGCAGAUUGGUAAAUAUUUUAUAAUAACUUGGAUCAGUGGCUAAAGGCUAUCAAACAGAUCCCCCCCCAACCCAUCAUGUGUUCUUGAUCAGAACAUUUUACUCUAUAAUCUGUACAGUGCCAACAGCAACAAAAUCACAUGGUGUAGUUACAACAGUAGUUGCAAAGUUGGUUCGUUAGAUGUAAUAGCAAGUGUAAUCCAUUGCCAAUAGAUGGGUGUCGGGAAGUUGCCUGGACAAACUGAGGGAGCUGCGAGCGAGUGUGGAGGGUAACCAUGACAACCAACACUGUGAAUGACAACCACUAUGAAAUCUGACUGUGACACUAAGAACCUUAGUGGGGCAUUUUGUAGAUACUUACUUAGACAUAAUUUUCCAGAAGGAGGAAAAUAUGGAGGGGAAAAGGCUUAAUGAAAAACAAAAACGAAAACAACUAUGCUUGAAUAUGAGUGAAAUGAACUGAGGUCAAUGAAAGUACCAUAAAAUUACUGAGGUCAUGUAAAUGCCCAAAGUCUGCCCAGCAUUAUGAUUAGUGACAGAGACUCCUAGCCAGCCUUGUCUCAUGUUUAACCUUGGCUAAAUUAAGCCAUACAUAGGAAUACGAAUAGGAAUACGUUUAUAUUGUAAAUGUGCCUCUAACAGGAUGUUUGAUAAGGUUAGUUAAGGUAGGUGAAGGUUGAUAAAAACUUAAGUUCAACAAGUCUUUAUGGAGGGGGGGGGAGCUCAAUUUACCUUCUCUCAUCUCGGUUGAUGUCAAAUUAAACAUAUUUAACAGUGCUGCAAAAGCGUUUUUCAGGGUUAUAAAAAACAUAUCAAAAUGUUAUUGUCAUGGCUAAUUUGUCCUAUUUGGUUUUUCUAAUUUUUGUUUUUGUUUUUUGUAAGAGAAUCUAUUAUUAUGUAGGUGUAUAUUUUACAGGUGAAAAUUACAUUCAGGUUAAAUGUUUUGUUAAAGGUAGGUUGAUUCUCUUCAUGUAUUUCCUUUGUCUCGUACAGUGUGUAGCCCUAAUUAUUCAUGAAUUAUUGCUAGGAGACAAGGAAAUUGAGAAUAAACCUACAGCUGUAGCUUAAAACGUUUAACCUGAAUAUACUUUUGACCUGUAACAUAAAAUAAUACAUGUUUUUAUUUUGUCAAAAAGAAUCUAUCUUAGAACACGUGGAUGGAUCUGUGUUAUAUCACUCACAUGUACAUAGGUGUGGUGUGAUGUGCACUUAUGAUUCUUAAGGAUCAAAGUCCAAGGCUUCAACAGAGAGAUCAUGGCCUUGGCUUUUUCUGAUUUCAAAUAAACACAUUGCUGAGGUUGAUUAAUCCUUGCCACAAGUUUUAACUUCCUUUGUCUUGUCAACUUUUGUAAAGUUGUGGUUAGUUUUAGUAAUGAGACAAGUGCAAAAAUAUUUGAACCCAAGAUAAAAAAAAUAAACCACAACAUAACAUUAUAACAUGUUGUGGGCUUAUUAACCUUGGUGUAGAUUAAGUUUUCUAUUGUUCUAAACUCAUUAUCAUAGGAAUUGGAAAACAACAAUAAUUUAAUCAAAGAAUAAAAUUGAACAACACCUGUUCAUUUAUUAAACAAGAAACCUGUUGCUAUCAUUACGAACAACUGAAGGUUGCAGACUUUACUAGAGACAACAGACUACAUGCCUUGAACAAUUAUUAUAAUAUUGUAAUAGACUGCCAAGUGAAGACUUACACCAUGUUGUAUAUAGUACCAAGUUUGAGGUACACCGAGAUUAGGUGAAAGAAGGUCGAAGCUAAGUUUUGAAGCUCAGCUUGUAAAAGAAAAUCUAUGAAAAAAACACAAAUAAAGAAACAAGACAGCAACAAUAAAAAUUAAUAAUAAAAUUAAUAAUAAAAAGUAUUUGGACUAAUCUUCAGUAAUACAUAUAUGUUGCUCUGCACUUCAACAGGUGAUGGAAACAGACAGAAUGUUGUAUUUAGUGACAGAAUAUGCCAGUAGAGGGGAGAUUUUCGGUGAGUAUUGGAUGUAGAUGUUUUUAGCUAUGCUGUGGUUCUAUAUUAAAAAUUCUUCUUUGGUUUACUGUGACACACAGAAAAUUCCGAAAUCAUCCAGAAAUAUAACUGUUACAUUAUUGUGUUGCAAGGGGGAAAAAACAAUAUUAAGCAUGAGAAAACUAAACCACAAUUAACACUGAUAUAGUAGUUUGUGACUAGUUGUCACAUCUAAGUGUAUGUUUUGAUCUUUGUUGUGGAACACAAGUACAUGUAGGUUGUAACACAAGAAACAUUAUUUUGUGAUCAAAUACAUACAUCUAUCUCUUUUUGUGCACAUGGUAAUCUUUUCAAAAAGUUUACGUGGUUUUGUGAGAGGUCAUUUUCAUUUCCCACCAUUCAAUUAAAAGAAUCAAACUAUACCAGUUUUUGUCUGGAAUGAGGAGUUUAUUGCAGCCUCUUAAGCAUUGAAAUUUCAAAACACUUGCCUUGAAAUUUGAAGAACUCAACUUUAUUUUGUUAGUAAUUUUAAGUGCUUUAUUAAUGCUGGAAUUCCUUUGACGUGUCAUGAGUACAUUCUUUAAAUACCUUUUUCUCUUAUACUCAUUUUUUUUUUAUUUACCUUAAAAUUUGGUUGAAGCAUAUCUGUCUUACACCUAGCACCUGUAGGUAAUUUCUUCAGAAUUGCUAUCUUUUUUUAGCCACUUUAAAACAUAGUUAGUGUACAUUGUAAGUUAUUACUUUAUCUUCCACACUUUUACUUCUAUUGAUAAUGUAAAUCACUCUCAUAAUUUUUGCACCAUGCACUUUUUUCUUUCUUUGGGUAUGUGUGUGUUGUUAAUAAAUUUUUGGAAAAUAACUACCAGUAAAUGAAUAAAAAUUAUGUUUUGAGGAACAGUUAACUGUCAUUUAAUCUGGAUGAAGUGUCUCAUUAACUCUGCUCUUUGGUUUUAGAUUAUCUAGUUGCCAAUGGUAAAAUGCCUGAAAAGGAAGCGAGAAAGAAAUUUGUACAAAUUGCAUCAGCUGUUGACAGCUGUCACAAGAAGAAUGUUGUUCAUAGGGACUUAAAAGUUAGUACCUCUGGAACUGUGUUAAUGUCAGUAGUUUUGUUUUGACUGCAUCGGUUGUCAACAGCUUUCAAACAGCUUUUAGUACAAGGAUGGAUGUUCUUCUUACAUGUGGGGACUUCAAAGUACAGCUGUACAUGUAUAUUCACAGUGCAGUGAUUUUGUACCUCUGCAUCGUACGUCCCUGACACAUAAAAAUCCCCAACGACGCAAAUUAAUUUAUGGCAUGUGUCCCGCAGGACACAAACAACAAUCGAUCAAUUUAUUUGAAGAUUUUUUGGUAGAAUACAUCGUGUAUCUUGUUCGUGUGACUUCUGUCGCUGUUGUUUAAAGAUGCAUAUUUAUCUUAGUCUUUUUGUGCUUUAAAUUUAUAGAAAGACUAUAUUUUAAGUUUUGAAGUCUGUCCCCAAAGGCCCAAGCAUUUUCAAUUUUGAAAACUCGCUGUUUUUUAAACUGGGACUGAAUGGUUCUGGACUGGGACUCAUGAUUUUUCACAAGAUGAGUUCCAGGACUCACUUCAACUAUUUGUAACAAAAUCACUGGUAUGGGUACCCUUGUUGUCCACGGAGUUCAGUGUGAUGCAGAAAGCUAGUCCUGUAGGCACUCAAGAAUUCUCCACCUGUCAAUCAGUUACUUAGAACAUAAAUAUAUUUUACUUAGUUAAAAAAAAUUAUCAUGUAAUAAAAUAUUUAUCAGUAUCUUUUUUUUAUCACUCCCAUCUUCUUUCUCUCUUUCAUCCCUUUAACCCAAUUUUCCCUGAAAUCUCCACCAGUUCAUUGAUCAAAAUUGAAUUUUUAUUUGGUUAGUCAACCGAUUCGUUGGCUAAAAUAAAUUGCCAUAGAAAAAAGUGGAGCACUGUGGUUGAUAGUGUAUUAUUUUUUAUUGUUUCCCUGUAGGCUGAGAAUCUUUUAUUAGAUGAGAAUUUCAAUAUAAAAAUUGCAGGUAGGAAAAAUGGCGAACUUUAUUGCCUGAAAAAACGUAAUAAUUAAUACUUAUUAUGAUGAUGACGAUGAUGAUGAACUAACAAUUCACUGUAAUUAUUUUUGGCAUUUUCAAAAUCCCUGUCCUUAUUGUAAUCAUAUUCAUUGUCAACAUCAUCAUUGUCAUCAUCACCACCAGCAUCAACAAAGUCAUCAUCAUUAUUGUGGUCGUCAUCACCAUCGUCAUAAUCAGAAGCCAUAACGUUGGCUCCUGUCACAAUCUGUAUCAACACCACCAUCAUCAUCAUCAUCAUCAUCAUCAUCAGAAGCCAUAACCUGGGCUCCUGUCACAAUCUGUAUCAACACCACCAUCAUCAUCAUCACCAUCAUCAUCAUCAUAAGCCAUAACCUGGGCUCCUGUCACAAUCUGUAUCAACACCACCAUCAUCAUCAUCACCAUCAUCAUCAUCAUAAGCCAUAACCUGGGCUCCUGUCACAAUCUGUAUCAACACCACCAUCGUCAUCAUCACCAUCAUCAUCAUCAGAAGCCAUAACCUGGGCUCCUGUCACAAUCUGUAUCAACACCACCAUCAUCAUCAUCAUCACCAUCAUCAUCAUCAGAAGCCAUAACCUGGGCUCCUGUCACAAUCUGUAUCAACACCACCAUCAUCAUCAUCAUCACCAUCUUCAUUAUCUUCAUCAUCAUCAUCAUCAUCAUCAUUGUGUUCAUCCAAUCAACACCAUCAUCAUCGUCAUCAUCAGGAGCCAUGAUCUGGGCUUCUGUCACAAUCUAUAUUACCACCACCAUCAUCAGCAUCAGCAGUGCCAUCACUGUUAAAGCCUGCCUAUCAUCAUCAUCAUCAUCAUUAGCGACAUCAGCAUUACCGGGGUUCAAAUACCUGCCAAUCCUCAAUAAUUCAGGUUGAAUUUUUUUGUUCUUUGCAGAUUUUGGAUUCAGUAACAUAUUCCAGGAGGGAAAGAGUCUUAAAACGUGGUGUGGGAGUCCGCCUUAUGCAGCUCCAGAGCUGUUUGAAGGCAAGGCGUACUGUGGCCCUGAAGUCGACAUUUGGGUAGGUCCCAAUACUUAGUCUUGUGAUUACAUCAUACAGGAUAUGUUGUGAAUACCUUGCGUUUGAAAAACUUGUAAACAAAUUCAUACAUAAUGCACAUGUUAUAUUUCUGGCUGAAUAACUGAACACGACCUCUUUCUUCAAGCACUUAUUUUCGGGCAAAAACUAUUUCCAAAGUAGCCAAUGUAAAAACUAAGAGCGCAUCCUCUGUUUUUUUUUUUCUCUUCUCCUUCUUUCCUCCUCCUAACUCUUUGUAUUUUGCUUUUCCUUUUCCUUUGCUGGUGUUAUUUUUGAGCGUAUCGAACACACAAAAAAAAACCGGAUCAUUUUUCGUUUCUGGGAACUGCCCACCUACCCCUCCCCCAAACCAACAUUAACACUUAGAUCUUACUUAGGGCAAAAUGUUGGCUUAGGGGAGGGGUAGGUGGGCAGUUUCACAGAAACGUAAAAUGAUCCAAAAACCCCUACCUUUUUGCCCCUUCCCACUCAAUUACAGCAUAGGCUAUUUUAGGUUCGUUUUUGAAAAAAUCCGGUUAGACUUUUAUGGUAGUCAUCACAUGUACGUGUAAAGCGGACCGAAAUUUGCCAGCUUACAUAUAUCUACAUACAGUAAAGGAAUUAUUCGGGAACCUUUAUCAUCUUGGACUUGUGCCUUCCACAAAAGCAGCUGUCCAGUUUGCCUAAUUGGUUGGAGCCGAGAAAGUUCGCGUGAUGUGUUCAACUCACCCUUCCGUUUUUUUAAUGAGUAUUGUUCAAAUAUCUUUCUAUCACUGCCUUCACGAAGCCUUUAUUUGUCCCACCGACCCACGCGUGUAGUAAUUACAUGCGUGUCGCUCGCGCCUGAGCGCGUGAUGUUUUCACUUAAAACCCCGAAAAAUAUCCAUUUCCGCUAAUAUUUAAAUAUUUUACGGUUAUCAUUAAUUUCCUUUCAACAUAAUAGUGUUGUUGCGGCACCUUGAUGGUAACAGUCGCUUUGUUUGGAGUCUAUUGUUUGUGGUUUUACCGUUUUCGCCUUCGCCUUUUUGCCUCCAGGAUGUUUAGUACUAACUGAACCAAAUCGUAAGCGUAGUACAAUGCUUUUUUAUUGCAAGUCAACACAGCACGCUGCAUUGAUGUCUUUAUUAAAAGCCGUCAGCUUUGUCUAGGCACGACAAUCACUUGUCGACAUGUAAUUGGUCCUUUCGCCGUCGAUUGAGUACUCGACACGCUUGUUAACGUUUCUCGCGUGACUUAUGCCUGACUGAUUUCUCCUUCUUUACGAUCUGCAUGAGCAGUGAUCCAAAUUCUAAAUUCCUUUUUGUGAAAUACUGAAGUGAAGCAGAGUUUAGUGUUUGAAUGAUCACACGUUAGAUUUCAUUCAAAAAUGAAUAGCAAAGUACCGCUGAAUAGCGAAUGUUUGAAUCGUCACACUUUAGGAUUUCAUCCAAGGGUUCAAAAUGUUUGAAUCAGCUUGCAAAGCAUAAUUAACAGUAUCGCAUGCCCGCGCGAGGAGUGGAGGGGUGGGGGGAGGGGAGUGGGGGUGGGUUACCCUCUCAUUAGGCCCUUGAUUCCGGGCAGACAAUUUCACUAUCUUGCAUCUUAACGGGGUGUCUUUUUGUACCGGAAACCCUUUUAAAAAAGUGUGACGGUUGGCUGUAAAAGGUCUACAUUGCUAUUUUUUAACGAUGUUUAUGAAAACUAUUAGGGGUUUAUUUCUGACAGGGUUCGCGAACACGCCGAAUUUGGUGUAUUUUACGCCAAAAUUUUAAGAUGACUCCACUGAAGUUACGGAGGGAGUCACUUUGACUCCAGAAAUUUUCGGUUGCGAAAUAGUUUUUUCCUUACCUUUUUCAAAACAAGUACAAUGUAAUUUACGAACUGAUUACGAACUCUUGUUUAAAAAAUAUUCCAUCGCUUUUCUGGUUCUGUUACUUGACUCCAGAUACUCCAAAAUGACUCCAAAACUUGUUAAGCAGAAGUCACACUGACUUUACCCAUCAAUAAGAUUUGCAAACCCUGUUUGUGGAAUCAUAUGUUGUUUUGUUUUUUUUUUUUUCAGAGUCUAGGAGUGGUAUUGUAUGUGCUGGUGUGUGGAGCGCUACCAUUUGAUGGCAGCACUUUGCAAAGUUUACGCUCACGUGUCCUAGACGGGAGAUUCAGAAUCCCUUUUUUUAUGUCCACAGGUAUGACGUAAUGGGCGACUUUUUUCGUUCAAAGGGGCAAUGUCACGAACGAUUCGUUACUCUCAAUUCAUAUCCCUGAAAGUUGCUUGCUUCUUGUUUUAGCCUUUCAGUCCCAAGACUUUCCACAUUCAAAAUUUCCAAACGUCAUGGUGUUAAAUGCUGAAAAACAAAUAGUACCUUGGAAAUGUUCUGCCAAUAAAGACUCCAUACUUUGGGGCGUAAAAAGGGUUGGAUCAGUUUCCGGGAAACUGCCCACCUACCCUUCCCCCACGCCAACGUUAUAUCUUACUUCUCACUUAGGGCGAAAUGUUGCCUUAGGGGAGGGAUAGGUGAGCAGUUUCCCUGGAACCUAAAUUGAUCUAAAGGGUUACGGUUAGCUAAUCUUACUUUUACAUUGAGUCUAAAUUAGACCGCUGUACACACGUGGUGUAUGGGCACCAGUAACUGAGUACCGUUCAAAACAUCUUGUGUACCCGAUGCUUAACUUUGUACUUAGUUACUCUAUUUUGCCGUAUCAAACGCCAUUUUGAAACAUGAGCUUAGCAUCGAGUGCAAAACAGUGGCUGCCCCGAAACUAACAAAAACGAUGUGCUCACUGGGACCAGGUGCCCACUUUUGUGCCCGAGUACAAAUUCUCAACCUUGUACCUGGACACAGGCACCGUGUCCGAAUUCUAGCGUUGUUACUUGAAAAAAUAGGAGGUGUUCACAUUAGUGCUCAGCGAGUAGCGUACUCGGGCACCAAGUGUAAACGCUGUCUUUUACUGAUUCAAACUAUUUCCCCCUGUAGACUGCGAGCACCUCAUCCGGCACAUGUUGGUACGCGACGUGUCCAAGAGAUAUACUAUGAACCAUAUUAUGAAUCACAAGUGGGUAAAACAAAUGGACGAGGAGGACAAAGCUAAUGUGCUGAUUACUGAAUCACCAGAGUCCGACUUCAGCGAAGAGGUUCUGAAUAUGAUGCUUGCUAGAGGAAUCGACAGAGAAAAGACCAUUCAGGUUGGCCAAUUUCUUUUCUUUCAAAUUACCUGUUACAGUUUGGGGAUACCCCACUCGCUAAAAGCGCGAUUGGAGUUGAAUAAUGACGUCGACAUAUGACUCAAUUGCCACUAGAAAACUACCAACUGAGGGAUUUUUUUCCCAAGUCUCAGUAGGAAUACGCACCCUUGUGUAAUUGGAUUAAAACGGCACCGCUGUCAGCACAUUAGAAUUAAUGUGGAAUAAAUCUUUUAUUCCAUAUACCUCAAUGUAAAGGCCAUCUUAUUAAUCAGCACAAGAAAACAGCACCACGAGAACGAGUUGCUUAAUAUCGUUCUUCUCAGUGGUCACCUUUGGAUUUCACAAGUACCACCUUCUACAUGCAUACCUACAUCACCUCAAUUUAAACCUGGAAUCUACAGGAAGAAUUUCAGUCACUAAAUCUAAGGUAGUACCAUCGCGUAUAGCGUGCUCUAGCUUUUCUCUAAAUGGCCACAAGGUCGACCGACGACGUAACCCAAGUCCCAAGAUGGACUAACAAAAUGUUUAUCGUAACAAUAUCAAUGGAUAAUCAAAAGAAAAGGUUAAGAGACUAGGUUAAAAUGAUCACCUGAGGAAAAAUGCCUUGAUCUCUUAUUAAAUUCUCUAAAGUCUUUCGUUAAGGAUAUGUAUGGAGAUCAGUCUGGUUACUGGGUCUUAAAAGGUUGAUAUAUCCCUUUUUAUCCUCACAGUCUCUCCGCCAGAAGGAUUAUGACCAAUUUGCCGGCAUUUAUUACACGCUCUUGGAAAAGGUCAAGAAAUCCGCCAACUCGUCGCACGAUCCUUGCGCCAACCUUCCUCCCGCGGCGAGUAGUUCAACAGACACUGAACUGAUGGAGACGGACAACGAGGAGUCUGUGGAAACGGAGAGACCUUCCAUGAACGUACCCACAGUACAGGUGACACCUGACUCCCCCACAAGACGCGUGAAACCUAAGCAGAAUCAUUGGAAUACUUCUCAAGAAGAAGACGAAGAAGAUGACAAGAUGCCAGAUGAUAUUCUACCAAGCUUGAAGCUGUACUUGGAGAAGCGCCGUCACACUCUCACUGCUGUGGAUCCCAUGAUGGAGAUCCCGCAGGAACUCCGCGAGGCGCUAACGCAGAAGUUCAUCCAGAGACCCCUGAGCCCAGUAGGGCAAACUACUGAAGACGCCUUUGCUGGUGCCCUCGGACUGAACCCAGUGUUACCUCCGUAUUCUCCCACGUUGGAAGUCUCUCUCGACUACAAGGAGCAAAUUUUACAGGUGCCCUCCGUGCUUCAGCAUAGACAUCCCUUUGGUAGGAGGGCCUCCGAUGGUCCCACCAGUCUAGCUACUGGGAUAGCUCAGUUUAACGCGCUUCGUGCCAUGGCCGGUUAUGGAGAUAUUAGUCAAGGGAACACGGGGUCGCUCAGUGGAUCUCCCUUGAACAGCCGCAAUCCAAUUGUCACCCAGUCUCCAUUUUCAGUUUCACCGGGUCCUUCGAGCCCUCAAAUUAGCGAAGGAGCUAACGAUAGUGGCUCAGAUCAGGAACCGGAUCAAGAUGCUAUUGCACGUUACAUGGCAUGCCGCGGGGCACGGCAGCGCCACACGUCGCCAAAUGAGAUGCCGGAUGAGCUACAGCUACGGCUGUUACAAGUGCCGUUAAAACCAGCGAGACGCACCGUUUUUCCCCCAGGACGAGAGCGCUCGGGGGGCUCUUUUAUCCCCACCCCUUCGGGAAUUCGGUACAACGCGUCCAGGCGAGCCUCUGAUGGAGCCGCGUCGGUGCUUGCGUAUAAGCAGUAUUUAGAGCGUGUCAGUGGAGGUGGGUCUAAAAGAAAUAGCCUACGAGAACUACAGGAGGAGUGUUUGAAACUGCAACAGCAGUAUGGCCGAGUAGCAGAGGAAGAGCAGCAGCGACGGCAGCAAGAACAGCACGAGCUACACAUACAGCAGUCCUACAAUCGCAGGGCUUCAGAAGGAGCUGAAUCGCUAGCUGCUACGCUGGCCCAGUUCCAGCAGCAGUACGCGCCAACCUACAACACCAGCCAGGAGUUUGAUGUUGAAGGACAACCCAGGAGCUCGGUUGAAGAUUUAGUGGAAAUAACACCUCCAGGGUCCUGCGCGAUGGAACAUCAGGACUUGCUUCAUCAAGAAAUGCAAAGGUUAAACAUCGAGCACUGCCCUCCAGCUCCCAACAUUCGACACGCCCCGUCGAAUUCGCCAAGAAGUAGCCUUCUGGUCGAAGAUUCGACACCGUCGUCGUCUGUUUCAGAGACGUCGAGCUUUCUUCCUCCUCAACCAAACACCUCUUCAUUUCUCUCUGACGGUGGAACGAUGGUCUCCCCAGUUCCCUCUCCACCUCCCUCCCCUCUUAUUUCUGCGGUACCUUUGAGUCAGCGGUACCCUAUUCCAAACAUCGUCAACGCUAGGAAUUCCUUUAACGGAAGUGCGGAAAAUCUCCAGGAGACACGGACAAUUCCGCAAAUUCCUGCGGGUCUCCCGAGUGUUAUGAUGGGAAAUACUCUGGUUAAUGAGAAUGAUCUCGAGGAAUUGGCGAGAGCUACGUGGGGUAUGGGCCACGCACCGCAACCUUUAGCUCCACCAACGCUGCUCUCGACGUUCGCGUCAAAUCCCGCGGGAUCAUUACUAACGGGAAAUGUGGGACAACGAUCGCCUGUGCAUCACCGCCGCCAUCACACGGUUCCAUCCGCGCAAGAUGCGUGGAAUUCCAUGGACUUGCUCAGAAGGGCGACGGCGAAUAACGUUUUAUCGCAAAACCACACAAGGGAUAUGUUAAAUAACAAUAUCAAUUUAGAGGAAGGUAUUAGGGACGGUUUACUUUAUAGAACUCUCUCCCCCAAUGGAACCAUAUACCAGGACUCACUACUCAAGUCUCCGGCCAAAGGAGACGCAUUGCCUGACUUAACGCAAACUAAUAACCUCAGAAUGGCAUUUUCUGUUAAUAUGACUUCUGAGAAGUGUAUUCCAGAUAUUAUAAGCGAGAUUCGAAGAUCGCUCGAUCUUCGCUCGUCUAAGAUCACCUAUGAGCAAGCGGAUCAGACUUUUACCCUUCGUCAGGGGGGUGUAUGCGCCGAAAUCGAAGUCUGCCCCCUUGCAGGAAAUCUUAAUGGGCUGCGCCUCCGACGUGUCACUGGCAACCAAUGGCAGUAUAAGAAACUCUGUAACGAAGUGCUAGCAGAGAUGAAUCUGUGACCAAAAUCGGAGUAAAUUGAAAAAUGUAAUGAUACCUUAAUUUGUAGACUGCGUGACAUUUGUGCUGGCGUGAUUUGUUGCAUCACUUUCUUCCGUGUCGUCAAGGAUAUUUGCUUUAUAUGUCUCUAUUGCCACACCUAAAAUAUAUCGGAAUUCGUCAUGGAGGGAGAUCUAUACUAGAAAAUUUCUAUUGUUCGUAAUCUUUUCUAUUGCUGCUUUCAAGGCAGGUACUUAUGUAUUUUCAAGAAGGGAAGCUUGCAUUACUUUGUUCUAUGUAGAGAGCUUUUGUAUGUUUUUCUUUCAGUCGUAAUUGCCUGACUAUUCAAAUGGCAAUCGUGAUACGGUACGCUUUUUACCCCUUCUCCCCCCCCUCUAGGAACUAAUAUAUGUUAUUGGCGGGGAGGUGGGAAUUCUAUUAGGAACACGGUUGGU